UAACCAUGAAGAGCAAGAAACUUAUAAUCCUGAUCAAUAAGUACUAUGGGUCGAAUUUUGUGAAAAAAGGAUGCUAGAAGAGAAUGCAGAUGAAAUUGAUCAAAAAUAGAAAGUUUGAAAAUAAAGGUUGCGAUAGUACCAGAUACACAUUUGCACCUUCCAACAACUUUAUCAUCGGUAUUGAAGAAUAACUUAAUACAUGGGAUUGCAUUUCAUGGCAAUGUGGUAAAAAGUAUUUACACCAGUCAUUAUGGUCAAUAAUAGCAAGAUUAUUAAUUGAGGCUUUCAACAAAAUCUUUAUGCUUUUCCUUCUAAGAAACUAUUUGAACGGAUGAAAAAUAUCAGAAUUGAAGAAUUAGUAAUAUCUCAGAAAAAGUACUUUGUGAUAAUUUCUUUAUAAUAUUGGUUUAUCUGAGUCCAUUUACUCCUCUUAUAACUUGGUCUUAACUUUUUAUGUGCCACCCUUCAAUUCUGUUCAAUUUUCAUGAAGUUCAUGUCGGAAAGAAAAGUCAGUUGUAAUUUGAAAUGGAUAUAAGAGAAAUUUUCCUGUUCUUUAAUAAUAAAAUUAAUGAAAUACAUAUCAACUGAUAUCCAACCAAAUAACCAAGAGUCUGUGGUUAAAUCCCUAGUUGAGGGUGACCAUUCCACUUCGGACUUAUAUUUCCCCAUCAAGGAUUUCAAACCUGACUUUGAAGAAGAUUUAGCUCUGUGCAACGGUGCUUCAGGUAUCAUCAAUGGCAACCAGAUUGUUGAUAGUUUUAACAUUUUGAACACAAUUAAUGAAGGUAGCAAUGAAGGAAUCUUCAGACUUCCUAAACAAGAUUUACUUAAUGAUUGUUUUAUGGAUAAUCAGCGUGUGGAUGAUAAUUUGCUCAUCCAAGAAGAGUUCUAUGACAAGAACGUUCCAGAAUCUGCUCCGAUGUUUGAAUUCAAAUAUUUAGAAGGAAUUGUUGACAAACAGACAUUCUCAGAUAUCUGAGAGGCUGACCAGAAGUAUGAAGAUCCUGCUCCAACUUCACUGACAACUCCUAAGAAUGUUCCCAAAGGCAAACGAUGGGGCAAGAAACAGGACAUCGAGCUCUUUAACGAAUUUAGAAAAUUCGAACUCAAAGGUCUCAUCUGAUUAGAAGAGCUCAAGAAGCUAGAUAUGGAUGCUUGGGAUUCUCCUCAUGAUAUCAUCAACACAAUCAGGAGCACCUUAGGAACAGACAAGUCAUGUGAGUUCCUGAUCAACAGACUCAUCUGUCAUACCAAUGACAACUUUUCUGUGAGAGAAACCAAGCUCCUGAAAAGACUCAUCAGAAAAAAUAACUACAAAGACUUAGACUACCCCAAACUAUUGGAGAACUUCAGAGGCAAAACACUUGAUGGGCUUAAGGCUGCUUGUAACCAUCUGUACCAAGAAAGAAGUUUGAAGAGGCUUCACAAGAUAACGAACAUGGACAAAUAACUAAAUAUUCUACAUAACAUUUAAAUCUGAA